AUGGCCUUUCUCGCACGCGGAGCCGCAUCUUUAAGUCGUCUUACUGCAACCGCUUCCAAAUCUCCGAUUCAACUUGUCCACCGCCGCGGCCUCGCCGGAGCCGCAGAUCCCCAUGCUACCCCUAGAGUUGACAUCUGGAAAGACCCAUUGAGUCCUUCAAAAUGGAAGGAAGAGCACUUUGUGAUUGCCUCGUUAACUGGCUGGGGAGUACUCAUCUAUGGGGGAUACAAGUUAUUUUCCGGAGGCAAGAAAGAAGAGAAAUUACCUGAAGCGGCACAUUGA